AUGUCAGCCGCGGGAUCGCGAGGCCCGCGGGCCACCUACCACCAGCUCAUGGAUCGAGUGGAAUUCAUGCUGCCGGAAAAACUGAGGCCCAUGUACAACCACCCCUCAGGCCCCAGAAUAAUUUUUUUCUGGGCUCCAGUCAUGAAAUGGGGAUUGGUGUGUGCGGGGUUAGCAGACAUGGCCAGACCAGCUGAAAAACUCAGCACAGCUCAGUGGCUGGUCUUAACAGCCACAGGGUUUGUUUGGUCAAGGUACUCACUUGUAAUUAUUUCCAAAAAUUGGAGUCUCUUUGCUGUCAAUUUCUUUCUUGGGCUAGCUGGAACUUCGCAACUCUAUCAUAUUUGGAGAUACAACCAACAACUCAAAGCUAAAGCAAACCAGUAAGAGUUCCUGAUCCACCCAACAGUUGAAAUGUGGAGAUGGCUGCCGGGACCUCAUUUGAUCUAUUCUUUGGUCAUUCAUAAAGUAGUGUUGACUAUCCUUACACUGGGGAAGUAGAAAGAAAUAUUCUAAGUAGUCAACGAGUUGAUUCUACUGGAAAAUAAAGCAACUGUUUAAUAAAAA